GUUUUUACCAAUUAAAAGUUUUCGUAUAUUUUUUUUAAAGUCCGCUAUUUAAGAGAAUCGGAAUGCUCAACACAAGCGGCAAAUUCGCUUGCAAUGGAGCUGUGCCCGUUCGCCAUGGAAUGUACACCCUCAAUUGGGAACACCUUUUUUAGUACAACCAUGACAAUUUGAUGCUUGGGAAUUGUGUUCAAACAAAACAAAUCACCUUGCAAGGGUGCGUUCCGUUAUGAAAAUGUGCUUUUACAACGUAGCAAUCCUGCUUGCUAUAUGGACGCACGUUAAUUAAACGCAUCAAAACAUAACAAUGUACAACAACCGUUCCUGUCCGCACACACCGGCACCGCGGAAAGCCGGGCCACGGUUUCCCAUGUCGGCGGCAAUACUGGAAACUCCCUCCAUAAUGAGCUCGUUUCGAGAGCUGGAACAACCGAACGGUGCAGCAAAUGCAUCCCAUCCACCUGCUCCAAAGCAGUUCAUCAUGUCGUAUUCAUCAAAUGCGCCGAAUGGCAGAAACGGAUGUGUAGAGAAAGCAACCGUUAAUCAGCAAAGACAUGAUUUGAACGCUACACAAUCAUUAAACGGUUCCUUUCUGGAUUGCAGCUUUAGUUCUAGCUUCACCACAUCGAUGACGACACAGAACAGGAAAGUUCCUUUAGCUAACUCAAGCACCAACAAUCUUAAAACAAACACUACACUCAAGGGUUGGUCGUCCUCAUCCAAACCAACAGUGGGAUUGCAAAACUUGCAUCGUUCGAGUGCAUCUUCCGGUGGAGGUUCAAACGUCACCUGUCCUUCCUACACCGGAACCACGUUCGGGCAUGAAAAACGAAAGCAUCCUGCAGAACAUAGCGCUUCAAAAUACAGUAAAACUACGGCUGCAAACUUCCCAAAAGGAUCGUCAACCUUGACAGCAGCUACCGGUGACGUUUCCGCCGGUACGCAGCAGCAGAACCUCAAACCAGCUUCCCUGCGCAUCCUUUCCGGUACAAUCGAGCACCUGCAGAAAGCGAUCCGUGAGCAGGGCAGACAGGUUCCGUUGCUACUGGAAACCGUUGCUAACGUGAUUAGCAUCAAACCUGGCACGAAAGUGAAGGAGAAGAUUAUCCUGCUGCGGCACCGAAACCAAGGCCCGGUAAUGCAGGGCGUGUUCUACGAGAUCGACCAUGAUAUACCGCCGCUGGCACCGGGCGAUCUGGUACGCUGUGUCGGACGGCUUCAACCCGUGGGAAGCCGGUUGCAGAUACUGAAAAUAAACCGUACCACGGAAGCGUACGGUCGGGCGAUUAUGCGCCUGCAGACAGUCAGCGCAUUCACUGCGAAGGUGAGACGAUAGAAAUUGGUUUUCCUUUUUGCGG